CCCUAAUUCCGGGGGAGAGAGGGAGAGAUUAGGGCUCGUGGGAUGCUGCAUCGCGCUCCAAUUUCCUAUUCCUCGAUGCCGCAUUCUGCCCCAAUGCGCCAUCUCCUCUGGUAAGAUCGUGAUUCUACCGUUUGCUCGAAUUCCCGGAAUUCCCCGCCAAGGGCAGGCGAUUCUUCCACGAUGAUGGGCGUGGAUUUUGAUCUGCCAAAGGAGGUGCUGUCGGUGCUGCCGACGGACCCCUUCGAGCAGCUGGAUUUGGCGAGGAGGAUUACAUCCAUGGCUAUCACAUUGAGAGUGGCCAAACUGGAGGCCGAUGAGAAGAAGCUCAUGCAAAAAGUGGCGGAGAGGGACAAAGUUAUCUACGAAUUGAAGGAGAGGCUCUCGGAGACCGAGCACAAUUUGCAGGAUGCUAUGGGUCGAUUGACAACGGCGUUGGAUGAACAGACCAAACUUACGAAUGAGAGAAACGUUCUUAUGAGCACAGUGAAGAAACUGAAUAGAGAUGUUGCAAAGCUGGAAGCAUUCAAGCGAACUUUGAUGCAGUCUCUACAAGAAGACGAGGACGGUGGUACGGAAUCUGGAAAUCGCGUCAAAGAUGCAGAUACGUCCGGUUCCGGCCAAGAUGAUAUCCAAGAUGCUCAAAGGAACCGCACACUCUCGCUCACUCCAACGCUUACGCCAAAGUUGUCUCCCAUAGGUUCUCCAAAGGAUCUAUCAGCAUCGGUAACACCUUUGCAAUUAUCGGCUCCAGGCUCGCCUCGUCGACUGUCGGCAAUUGAACCGAGAUUCGCAUCUCUUCCAGCGAGCCAUACUAUAACUGCACCAAGCUCGCCUCCUAUACCAGGUCGGACUCCCAAGGUGGAUGGGAAGGAAUUUUUCCGGCAAGCAAGGAAUCGUCUGUCCUACGAGCAAUUCAGUGCCUUCCUCGCCAAUAUCAAGGAACUCAACGCACAUCGCCAAACACGGGAGGAAACGCUGAGGAAAGCCGGAGACAUAUUUGGAGCUGACAACAAGGAUCUGUAUCUUGCGUUUGAAGGCCUUUUGAGUCGGCAUCUCCCGUCCUAGUGCCGCUGUUUUAUAAUUCAUAGAUCUGUGCAGCGUGGGUUUGAUUUGGUCAUUUAUUUAUUUAUUUUUUAAAAAAAGAGAGAAAAUUUGAGAAUUAAUUUAUUAAAUUCAUACGUUUUGUUUAAUCCAUUCUGGAACACUUCAGGUC